AUGGCUAAAAAUGUUAUUAGUUAUCUUAAUCAUCAUGAUGCCAUAUGGGUGGACAUUUUAUAUCAUAAGUAUGGGCAAGUGAACUUCUGGACUGACACUAUUCCUGCGAACUGUUCUUGGUUUUUUAGAGGUCUUUGGCAUAAUGCUGAUAUCAUUAAACCUCAACUUUGGCUUCAUCAUUUUUAUCCUGCUGCUACUAAUAUAAUGUUUGAUUCUUGGUACUUUGAAAUUCCUUUAGCUUUUAAGCCUACCUAUCUCAAUAUGCAUGUGGAUUAUGACCAUUUGAAUAUGUCUGAUUUGAUUCUGGAUGAUGGUUGGAAUAUCCCUUUGAUGAGCUCCAUCUUUGGGGAAUUCUUGAACUUUGAUUAUCUGCAUUUCAACCGAGUGUGCAAUGGUGCUAAUAACAAAUGGGUCUGGUUCCCCAAGUCCAAAAAUCACAAGCUGACCUCUAUGGUUUAUACCCAUUUCAACAAUUCGGUUGGUAACCAUGAUACCUGGAAUGGUUGGGGCAACCUUUGGCGCUUGUCUGUUGCUCCCAGGCCUAAACACUUCAUUUGGUUACUAUUACAUAAUGGUAUUAAAACAUAUGAGUAUCUUUACAGGUUGAAUCUGGGUGCCCAAACCUUUUGCAAAUUCUGUAAUCUUGACUUUGAAAAUACUGAGCACCUAUUCAACUCUUGUCCCAAAACACAGAUUGUUUGGCAACAGGUUAGUAAUGCUAUUGGUAAGCAAAUUGUCUUUCACGAAGGGUUCUCAACUGGUAAUUGGCUGUCUCCGGACCAUCCUGAAUAUGACUUGAAUGUUCAGUCCAUAAUUGGGGUGACUUCUUGGCUCAUUUGGAAGACUCGAUGUAACCUUAUAUUUCGUCAAGAAUCUCCUGACUUUCAAUCCAUUCCCUAUCGUAGGCAACUAAUCAUGUCAGGGAGUUCUCUCAAUCUUCAAAUUUUAAUUCCAGCAAGCAACUCAUACUUAGUAAUUUUUCCAUCAAUGAUGGGCCUUAUCUUUUUGUGGCUUCUACGAGUCAUAGAGAGGCUAAUACUCAUGGUGUCGGUUUUUCAUCUUACUAAUGGUUACUCUCGCUUGUGUGUGUGGUACUCGUAA